GCGAAGGGCAAGGCAACGGGUGGUGCUGCUGCUGCACCAGAGGAUGAACAGAAGGAGGCGCCAGCGGCGGCCGAGGAACCCAGCACGAAGCAGAAGGCAGCAGCAUCGCUGCUCCAAGCCGCCAAAGAUGGCAGCCUGGAGAAGUCCCUGCAAGACUUCGAGCAGAAAGCCACCACUCCCGAGGCAAAGCUGUAG